AGGCGGGGCCGGAUCCAGGCCAGCGAUUGGUCGGGGUUCAGAGGCGGGGUCUGAUCCAGACCUGCGAUUGGCCGGAGGCCGGCCGUGGCGGCGGGCGCGGCGUGGUGAUGGAGACCGCGGGGCCUAGGACCCGGGCGGCUGCGCGGCUUGGGGCGCACGCGACGCGGGAGGAGCAGCGGAAGCGGCGGCCUGUGCGCCGGUGGCAGCGGAGGAGAAUCGGGGAGGAACAAGAAGAAGCAGUCUUUCGUGAAGUGGUCAGUUUUACCCGGGAUCCUCUGCCAGCUAGAUAUUAUGACAAGGACACCACCAAACCCAUCAGCUUUUACUUACCGUCGCUGGAGGAACUCUUGGCGUGGACGCCCGAUGCGGAGGACAGCUUUAAUGUGGCCCUGGAACCCCUCAAGUGUCGGCAGCCCCCUCUGAGCAGCCAGAGGCCCCGGACAUUGUUGUGCCAUGACAUGAUGGGCGGAUACCUGGAUGACAAGUUCAUUCAGGGCUCGGCGGCGCAAAACCCCUAUUGCUUCUACCACUGGCAGUGUAUUGACAUCUUCGUGUACUUCAGCCAUCACCUGGUGACCAUCCCCCCCGUGGGCUGGACCAACGCUGCCCACAGGCACGGGGUCUGUGUGCUGGGGACUUUCAUCGCCGAGUGGAAAGAAGGUGGGCGGCUCUGUGAAGCCUUUCUGGCCGGGGACGAGCGCUCCUACCAGGCGGUGGCCGAUCAGCUCGUCCUGAUCGCCCAGUUUUUCCGUUUUGAUGGCUGGCUCAUCAACAUCGAGAGCUCUCUGAGUCUGGCCGCGGUGGGGAACGUGCCCCCUUUCCUCCGGUACCUGAGCACACAGCUCUGUCGGCAGGUCCCGGGGGGCCUGGUGCUCUGGUACGACAGCGUGGUGAGCAGCGGGCAGGUCAAGUGGCAGAACGAGCUCAAUGAGCAGAACCGGAUCUUCUUCGACUCCUGCGACGGCUUCUUCACUAACUACAACUGGCAGAAGGAGCAUCUGGACAGAAUGGUAGCGCAGGCCGGCGAGCGCCGGGCCGACGUGUACGUGGGAGUGGACGUGUUCGCCCGGGGCAACGUCGUCGGGGGCCAGUUCGACACCCACAAGUCGCUGGAGCUGAUCCGGAAGCACGGAUUCUCGGCCGCUCUCUUUGCCCCUGGCUGGGUGUACGAGUGUUUGGAGAAGAGGGAUUUCUUCCAGAACCAGGACAAGUUCUGGGGCUUGCUGGGACGCUACCUGCCCCCACACAGCAUCUGCUCUCUGCCCUUUGUCACUUCUUUCUGCCUGGGCAUGGGGACUCGAAGAGUGUGCUACGGCCAGGAGGAGGCGGUGGGGCCCUGGUACCACCCGAGCGCCCAGGAAAUCCAGCCCCUGUUUGCAGAGCAGAGGCCGGAAGGGGACGGGCAGGGCUGGGUGAAGACGCACUGCUGCCUGGCAGAUGCCUGGAACGGGGGCAGCUCCCUGCUCCUCCGCGGGGUGAUCCCGCCCGAGGUCGGGCACGUGGCUGUGAGGCUGUUCUCCCUGCACGUCCCGGUGCCCCCCAAAAUUUUCCUGUCCAUGGUGUAUAAGCUUGAAGGGCCUUCGGAUGUUGGGGUGGCGUUGGAGCUCACCACCGGGGACGCGGGCAGCUGUCACGUCGGUGGCAUCUCGACGUUGAGUGCAGAAACGAGCUCCAGGCACAGCCCCCGCCCCCUCCGGGUGCCCCCCACCAAGCUGGCCAGAUGGGUGGGCCACUGCGGCCAGCAGCUCAGCGGGGGCUGGGUCCAGCGCUGCUACGAGGUGAACCUUCAGGGCUGCGUCCUGCAGGACCUCUGGGUCAGCUUCUCGCGGCCUCCCGGCAGCCGGGAGCAGGAGGCCUUCGUCUGCCGCCUGGGAGAGCUCCAGGUGGUGGAUGCCAACAGCCUGCUCAGACCUCUGCCCCGGGUGCAGGCCGUCAGUGUCUCCCGGGUGCGCUGGCAGCGGGACGCCCCCGAGGAGGAGGAGGAGCAGCGCCCGGCCCGGCUCCGGCUCAGCUGUGCCCUGCACUGGUCCUACCCCCUGUCUCACGUCCGAUGCUUCCGCAUCCACUGCUGCAGAGCGACCGGCUCUCCUGCGGAGGGGCCCCCGGGGCCGGAGAAGCCCGCGCUCCUGGGCCUGGCGUUUGUCAACCAGUAUCGCGUAGUGGACCUGGCGGUGGCAGCCGCGGGGCCAGGCACUGACGGCCGCGUGGAGUUCCUGGUGGAGCCCGUCCCCAGGGAGGGAUUUCUGGUGCCAAAGGCCGAGUGGGGCCGGGCGGCCCUGCUCUACUCCGGGCCCCACACGUGAUCGAGCAUUAAAGCACAGACCCUCCCGGCCUCGAGGCUACGGCUGCUUCUGCGCCGGGGCCCCGCGAAGCGUGCAGACGACCACAGGCCCCUGGGAGGCUGCGGGCUGGGGCUCUCUUGUGGGGGACGUUGCUAAUCGGAAACCCGAGAGGUCCGUUUGCUGGGUGGGCGAUUUCCUGGGGUGAAGGAGCUCUGUUCUGUCUCCUCUGUGGAAUACGGUUCAACAAGUGACAGAACUGGGGAAAGUGAGUCCCGUCCGUCCGCGAAGGCCACUUCCCAAUGGGCCGAGAGACGCUUACUCUCACCAGGCUUGAAGGAGGCAGGUGGUGGCCUCUGAGCAGCCAAGGGGCGAUUCCCAGGGUGAGGGCUGAGGGCGGAGUGGGGGGAGGGUGCUGAGGACUGAGCCCCUGGCCGGGCUGGCACCAGGUCGUACCUGCCCCCGGGCCAGGUGGGCUGCCCCAGUCCAGACCAUCCUGUGUUGUGGCUUUCCCAGUUCGCUGUCCCCGUGAGCUGGGGCCACCUGUGGGGCAUCUCACGGGCCCCGGGUCCUGCUGUGUCUCUCCUGGGUUGUUGGUCCUGGCGAAGCUUGCACGGAGGUCAUCCUCUGGGCCCCUGGGGCAGCCCGGGAGGCCCAGGAAGGCCCUCGGCCUGCAGCCCGGCCCCAGCCUGGCCGCGGGCGCCCUGGCUGCCCUGUUCCAUCACAUCCGCCUGCCUCAGCCUCUCCCAGGGUGGGCCGUGCUAGGCCCCUUGAGAAGUGUUAGCAAAGUCCCUUCGAGGACCCUCUUCACUGGGCCCCCUUCCUC